UAACUGCCGUCAGGCUCGCGGCUCGGCAGAGCAACCCGGCCACGCGUCCCAAACGUCCCUGAUCUCGUGCCCCAACCGUCACCGUGUCCCCAGGGCGCCAUGGGGGGCCCGCGCUGUGCCCCACUGCUGCUACUUCUGCUGCUACAGCCGCUACUCACGCCGCCCGCCGGGGAUGCUGCGGUCAUCACCGGGGCUUGUGACAAGGACUCACAGUGUGGAGGAGGCAUGUGCUGCGCUGUCAGUAUCUGGGUUAAGAGCAUAAGGAUCUGCACACCCAUGGGCCAAGUGGGAGACAGCUGCCACCCUCUGACUCGGAAAAGCCAUGUUGCAAAUGGAAGGCAGGAAAGAAGAAGGGCGAAGAGAAGAAAAAAGAAAAAGGAGGUUCCUUUUUGGGGGCGGAGAAUGCAUCACACAUGUCCCUGCCUGCCAGGCUUGGCAUGUUUACGGACGUCUUUCAACCGGUUUAUCUGUUUGGCCCGGAAGUGAUGGCUUUGAAGUAGGAAGUUGAAGUGUGAACCUCUGCUGCACAAUGUCUGUCAAGUCUCACUUGUGAUUGUGUCAAACAAAGAAUAUGCCAGAAAGAAAUGCUCUCGCUUCCUCAGCUUUCCAAGUAACAUUCCGAAGUGACUUUUUUUUUCUUUUUUGAAGGGGAGUUUUGAUUUUGGAUAGACAUAUAAAGGGCGAAGCGUUCUGGAAUGGCUUCUCAUUUCCCUGUUUAUGUUUUGGCUUGACAUGUUUUGAAUGCCAAUAAGAACAAGCAUUUUAAAAAUAGGAGAAUAAGAGUAGGUACUUUGUUGCAGAAACUUCUUUUUUUUUCCUUGCCGGAUGGGGUCUCUGCAACCCUGACUUGCUGGUAGACCCGCCGAGGAGGCUCAAACGGCCAGGGUGCAUUUGAACCAGACACUCCAGACAGCUCACUGGGAGUAGAAGUUGGGAGUGCUUCUGGAACUUUCCUACACCCAUCUAGUCCAGCAACUUUCAGUUCUGCUGUUUAACCGGUGGGAGGAAAAAAAAUUCAUGGGACACUAGAAGUAUGUGGUCUAGUUUUCUAUAUUUGUUCAAGCAAAAUUCAUUUUCUUCCUAAUGGAAUAUUAAAUUUUCUUUUUCAUUUUUUUUAACUUGAAGCUCUUUUUUUUUAAAUCUUCUUGCUGGGGACAUUCAAAAGAAUGCCACUUGAGGAGGAAGCAUUGAUUUUCAUCUGGCAUGAUAUGAGUCAUCAUUUAAAAAUCGGUGUUAAGUUAUAAUUUAAACUUUUAUUUGUAACCCAAAGGUCUAUUGUAAUGGAUUUCCUGAUAUCUUGCCAUUUGUACUGGUAUCAAUAUUUCUAUGUAAAAAAAUUCUGUAUCAGAAUAAUGACAAUACUGUAUAUCCUUUGAUUUAUUUUGAUAUUAUAUCCUUAUUUUUGUGAUGGUGGUCAACAGUUUUUAUUAUGAGCAGAUUUCUAUAUAACCCUCAUCCUAAAGUGGGUAGACACCCCAAAACUUGCAUUUUAUUUCACAUUCAGGAGAGUUGUAUUUGUGUGGAUUUCAAGGUAGCACAAAAAUGAAUAAAUAAACCAUGUGUACCCAUCAAAAA